CAACUGUCCUCUUGAACACUACCAGUGCUAACAUUUAUUGCAAUUUCUAUCAUAAUUAUUUUGGCUCACUAUUCAUCCAAGAGUUUAUAUAAUAUUUUGCAAACUUUUAUAAAAGUUUUAUAAUUUAGUGCUUACUUUAAAAAUCUUUAGAUAUUUAUUAUACUUUCGCAUUAAUUGUCUAAAAGUUUUUAAUAAAGGAUUUUCAUUUAAAUAAUGUCCGACACAGAGGCCGAUGAUAUCCAUGUGUUUGGUCCGGGACUCAGCGAUGGUAAGACCGGCAAACGAUGUAUCAUGUAUUUCGUUGGACUACCCGUCCAUUCAGACGACUCCACUGUGGAUCUAUACAAAGACCUGACUUAUGUGUUCGAAGGGCCCAAAAGUCCGGAAAUUAUUUUUGAAUUCGAUAAACUCAAUGAAGACGGGAAUGUUGAGGCAUAUUAUGUGCCACUCAUUCCCGGCGACUAUAAGCUGUCCAUCAGUUAUAGGAAACAGGAGCUCUCGAACAGCCCUUUCAAUAUCAGGAUCACCGGGAAAGUAGUGUCUGCAGAGAAACUCAUAUCAAAGGUUAGGGUGCACGGAAAAGGGUCAUCACUGGGACGGGCACUGGUGGUCAACGAGUUCCUGGUCGACUGUUCAAAGGUUAAGCCUGUUUUGGGUGGACUCACUGUCCACGUGAAGGGUCCGGUGCGGUCGUCCGCCCACUUGGAGAUCAUUGACAAUAAGAACGGCACAUAUCAGGUGCUAUACAAACCCAUUUUGGCCGGGGUUUACAACAUGGACAUCAAGAUUGCCGACACCCACAUACCCGGCUCACCCUACAAAAUACGUGUUAUGGAUAGAAGCAACUCUGGUUUCAAAAUCUCAAGGUUCGAGCAGGACUCUCAAGGAAUCGGUGAUACUCUGAACUUACUGAAGAACUGUUCCCAACAGACGGGAAGUGUAUCUGACAUAACGGAAAGUGACAUAAGAGUGGCCAUAGAUAAUGCCAAACGUGGGGUUGAGAUCCAGGAGCAAAUCGAUAGACAGCUUAUUUCAAUGAACCCCAGAUUAGGCAAUUUCAGUCAUUUCCUAUAUGAGGCUAACCUCAAGACUAAUCAUUGUCUCAAUAAAUACGAGACCGUAAUAAACAUGCCAUCACUGGGAGCGCCAACCCUAAUGACAAAUGAACGAGAGUUUUGCGAUUUGGAAAGGGAUGUGAGCGAAGUAGUCGCCUGUAAUCCCAAUUAUAAAUACCGACGAAUUGACGGGAAGUGCAAUAAUCUGAAGGAAACCAAUUGGGGCUCAACUUUCCAUUGCCAACGAAGACUACUUCCACCCGAUUAUAACGAUGGAGUCAAU